CGUUCGUUAGCUUACUCCUUUCUGCCUGUGGACGCUGCCGAGGAAGCAUCGUUAAAGUCUCUCUUCUCACUGCCGUCAUGUCUAAGUCAGAGUCUCCUAAAGAGCCCGAACAGCUGCGGAAGCUCUUCAUUGGAGGGUUGAGCUUUGAAACGACUGAUGAGAGUCUGAGGAGCCAUUUUGAGCAAUGGGGAACGCUCACAGACUGCGUGGUAAUGAGAGAUCCGAACACCAAGCGCUCCAGGGGCUUUGGGUUUGUCACAUACGCCACCGUGGAGGAGGUGGAUGCAGCAAUGAAUGCAAGGCCACACAAAGUGGAUGGAAGAGUUGUGGAACUGAAGAGAGCUGUUUCCAGAGAGGAUUCUCAAAGACCAGGUGCCCACUUAACUGUGAAAAAGAUCUUUGUUGGUGGCAUUAAAGAAGAUACUGAAGAACAUCACUUAAGAGACUAUUUUGAACAGUAUGGGAAAAUUGAAGUGAUUGAAAUCAUGACUGACCGAGGCAGUGGCAAGAAGAGGGGCUUUGCUUUUGUUACGUUUGAUGACCAUGAUUCUGUGGAUAAGAUUGUCAUUCAGAAAUACCAUACUGUGAAUGGCCACAACUGUGAAGUAAGGAAAGCCCUGUCAAAGCAAGAGAUGGCUAGUGCUUCGUCCAGCCAAAGAGGUCGAAGUGGUUCUGGAAACUUUGGUGGGGGUCGUGGAGGUGGUUUUGGUGGAAACGACAACUUUGGCCGUGGAGGAAACUUCAGUGGUCAUGGUGGCUUUGGUGGCAGCCGUGGUGGUGGUGGAUAUGGUGGCAGUGGGGAUGGCUACAAUGGAUUUGGUAACGAUGGAAGCAAUUUUGGAGGUGGUGGAAGUUACAAUGAUUUUGGCAAUUACAACAAUCAGUCAUCAAAUUUUGGACCUAUGAAGGGAGGAAAUUUUGGAGGCAGAAGCUCUGGCCCUUAUGGUGGUGGCGGCCAAUACUUUACCAAACCACGAAACCAAGGUGGUUAUGGUGGUUGCAGUAGCUAUGGCAGUGGCAGAAGGUUUUAAUUAUUCCCAGGAAACAAAGCUUAGCAGGAGAGGAGAGCCAGAGAAGUGACAGGGAAGCUGCAGGUUACAACAGAUUUGUGAACUCAGCCAAGCACAGUGGUGGCAGGGCCUAGCUGCUACAAAGAAGACAUGUUUUAGACAAUACUCAUGUGUAUGGGCAAAAAACUCGAGGACUGUAUUUGUGACUAAUUGUAUAACAGGUUAUUUUAGUUUCUGUUCUGUGGAAAGUGUAAAGCAUUCCAACAAAG